AAUAAAUAGUAGGCCUAUAUAUAUAGCAACAAAAAAAAACAAUAUAAGGAAAACUUAUGCCAAUAAACCGAUGAUUUAUAACCCAGGCCGAGUUGGUGGGCCGAGUUGGUAAUAGGCCGAGUUGCCCCGUAAUCAUUUAGAUCGUUCUAUUCCAAUACGGAGAACGUGAGUAACAUUUUAUUCAUUGAUUUAUUUGGAUUCGGAUAGGCCGAUGAGAUCUUUGUGAACUUUGUUCGUGUACAUAUGUUGUCGUAUUCGGAAUCGUGUAUAUUCGUAUUAUUCUAAACCACGUGAAUGUGAAUGGAUUCUGGAAGGAUCUAUUCAAUCGUAUCGUAAAUGUGGAGCUCGCCAAGCCAGGAUCGACAGCAAGUGGACUCAUAGAGAAUUGAAGAAACCAGGCUGUGGGUAUUCCUGUAACUGCUGAAGCUACUGCUCUCCAUUUAGGAAACUUAAUUGGACUGAGGGUAAAUAAUCAAGACAUACAUAAAACAGUAUCAUAUUUCAAUAGGCGGUGAAACCCUUUUGGCGGUGCGAUCAAAUCUAUGCCAUUCAGACAUGAGCCAUAAUCGGGAUUGCUCUUAGCAUAUUUAGAGGUUCGUGUAAGGUUCGCAAUAUCCAACAGUUUAUGCCUCUAAUGCGACUAUUAAUGAAGCCAUUGCCAACUUAAACCAACUGCAACCUGAACAAUCAAAGACUAAGAGUGAUGAUGACUCCAAGUGCUAUGAUAGUGACCCUCAGAUUGAUUUCGAGGUGCCUGCCAUGCCUUCCCCCGUAGCGCCCAGUCCCAAAUUAACAAGCAUUCGACUAACUAGGUCUGAAAUUUAUGUUGUCAGCAUUCCUCCAGCAGAAAUGGUUUCGAGGGGACAUCAAGUCCGGAUGCCAUAUCGGUCAAAGGAAACGCAGGCCACUAAUUUUCAACCUGACCUCACCCACACUUCAGUGUCGAUCAUGGAGGUACCAAGUACGCCUGAAGCUGCAUCUACCCCUCAGCCAAAAUACAAGAGGAAGCGUUCUGAUUCAGUGAUGCCAACAAUAAGCAGCAUCCUCAUCCCUGACCGAGGGCAUGUGUGCAGUUUCAGUGUCCAAGCUUUUGGAGCUGUUCCACAUCUGCUACAACUGCGGCUCAAUGGUGACCAUCACACAGUCAUGCUUGUCAUGUGAUGGUAUCUGGAAAUGGCAGAGCCAGGAAAUGAUUGGAACGGUAUAUGCUGGUAACAUCGGCCUAUCGAUGGCAAUUCUUGCAGCGGGUGCUAUUCCAAGCAAAGUGAUAAGAGUCCUGCAAUUCUGGGGCAUUCGAAGCAUUUCCUCCGGAACAUAUUUUCGACACCAGUCAAAGUACCUGAACCAGGCAGUACGUAAUGUUUGGGAGGAGGAGACCAUCCAUGCACUGGCAGCUGUAGAGGACGUGGCCAAACUCUCCGGUGAUGGAAGGUGCGAUUCGCCCGGCCAUUGUGCGAAGUAUGGCUCUUACAGUUUACAUGACACAGGGAGAAACGCCAUUGUCAUGACACAACUUGUUCAGUCCACUGAGGUUAAGAACUCCUACCACAUGGAGCUGGAGGGCCUGUCCCGAUGUGUCGAUGAAGUGAAAGCAUACGUCCCACAUGUUAAGAUAGAAUUAACAACUGAUGGCCACAAAUCAGUGGAGAAGUGGUUGAGAGAGGAACAGUCGGACACCAUAAAGCAUUAUUUUGAUGUGUGGCAUGUUGCUAAAGGACUAAGGAAAAGACUCAAGCCCAUAACCAUGAACAGGCGGUUUCAGCUGGUCAACAAAUGGCUAAAAAGUAUUAUCAAUCACUUGUACUGGUGUGCCAUGACCAGCAAUAACGACCAAUCAUUGAUCUUGGCCAAGUGGAGAUCAAUAGUGAACCAUAUAGCCGGCGUCCACACGCACGAAGAAAACGAACUGUUCCCCAAUUGUAUCCACAGUCGUAUUCCAAGGCAGUGGUUUAAGAAAGGAACAGAAGAAUACGACAAGGUGUGUGCUCUGCUACUCAACAAGAACCUUCUACAUUCAAUCUCAAAGCUCAGCUCGGAUGGCCAGACAUCUGGUUUGGAGGGAUACCCUAGCAGCCUUUUACACUUCGCCCAAAAGAUGUACCAUUUCGGAGACCUGUAUUCAUCCACGACCGGAAGUGUGGCAGUCACAUAGAGCUUAUCAAAAUGUCAAGUUGUGACAAUUCAUUGCUGCUGCUGAAAUUCGGGCACCAAGUCUCUUGAGCUUCAGUGGAAUGGACUUUCCCCGUGUAUUGUUCAUGGUGUGGAUUGCUGCAUGAACAUGACUGCGAUAGUUUUUAAGGCCUUCCCAAGAAAGGUGCUGAAAGCAUCCUCCAUGCCGGCACUACAUCUACCGUCGCCGUCGGUUUUACAGCAAUGAACAACAUCCUGUCCCCUCCGGCGAAGUAUCUUCAGUGGGCUGACUGUGUUCUCGACCGUCGGUGCAUAGAUUAUCCCAUCCGAUCGCUCCCGCACAACAUUGUUGUAAUCCUCAUGACUGAAACGAGACCAGCUACCAUCGAUUUUCUCUGGAGGCAUUGUCCUGCUGUAGGGCGAGUGACAAUUCAUUGCUGCUGCUGAAAUUCGGGCACCAAGUCUCUUGAGCUUCAGUGGAAUGGACUUUCCCCGUUUAUUGUUCAUGGUGUGGAUUGCUGCAUGAACACGACUGCGAUAGUUUUUAAGGCCUUCCCAAGAAAGGUGCUGAAAGCAUCCUCCAUGCCGGCACUACAUCUACCGUCACCGUCGGUUGUACAGCAAUGAACAACAUCCUGUCCCCUCCGGCGAAGUAUCUUCAGUGGGCUGACCGUGUUCUCGACCGUCGGUGCAUAGAUUAUCCCAUCCGAUCGCUCACGCACAACAUUGUUGUAAUCCUCAUGACUGAAACGAGACCAGCUACCAUCGGUUUUCUCUGGAGGCAUUGUCCUGCUGUAGGGCGAGUGACUCUUCUACUGGUUGCAGUAUCCUGCAAGACCUGGGUCCUGUCAGUUCUCUUCGCAAUCUCUGAUUGAGACUGUUGUGAACAUCUGGGGGAAUCUAGGCAGAAAUUCUGACCUGGGGUCAAAACUGGCAGUACUAGGGCAGAGACAUGUAUUCAUCCACAGGCGGAAGUGUGGCACUGGCACAUAGUCCGUACUGAACUGUGAAGCUGUGGUAAAUACAUGACUGUGAUGGGUGAAAGUGGAUUUAUUCUUCAAUCUUUGGUGGAUUCUUAAUCUACAGAGCCAGGCCAUACGUAACAGGGAUAUACUUUUUGAUAAUUAAUUUAGGGAAAUAUUGUGUCAGUGGCCAGUUUAGAACUUGUAUUCUAAUAGGCCCAGUCCGCAGGUGACGAUUUGAUGGCAAUCCUGUACACAAAUCAAUUUUUCUCAGGCAAUCGGUAUUGGAAUGUUUUGAAUUUUUACACAUAUUUUGAUAAAAGCCUCUUCAUAACACAUGUAAAAUUUGGUGAGAAUUAAAGCACCCUUGGUGUACUUCUUUCACCAACCUAUGUUCAUUAAAAUGUACACAGAAUGUACACGCUGGCUAAUAGAGGUCUCUGGACUGCAAAUUUUUUUUUUGCGUCUCAGUAGUUAAAUUGAUUCAUAGAUACAGUAGUUGUCAGGUUCAUAAUAAUGUUCAGUUAUGGAUAAUUUGAUUCUUUUCUGGUAUUUUGAUUGUGUACAACUCAAAAUUUAGCAAGGGGGGAUUUGCUGUGUAUUCCACUCUUUGUAAUUCGCGCCUUACGUUGGUGGCGCCGUCUGUGUUAAGUUGAA